AACUCAAACAGCGAAAGACACCCCCCCCCCAACUCUCCCCAAUCGAUACGAACGCAAUGUUCUCCUCAGCACGAGGCAGAAUUGCCUCCGUCGCCAUCUCGACAUCCCGGUCGUCGGUGCGAGUUUCCUCGCGAGCCUCGUAUUCCGUGAGCACCCCUCGCUGGUCCGACAGUGCCUCGAAUCCGGCCAACGACCCGACACCCAAGAAGUCCGUCCCCAAUGUCUCUGCAACCAAUGCGGUCCCAGUUGAUUCAAUGGGUGCUUUUGAUGGAAGACUUGUCGAGAAGCCUGUUGAGGGGGAGCAGAAUCGACAGCUACAGGCUCCUAACCGUGCAACAACCUGGGCUCAGAGUCAGAAGCCACGAGCUGAGGCCAUGACUGGUCCUCGAUUUGAGCAGACUAUUAUUGAACUUCAGCCCCAACCCUACGCUGCCAUUGAGCUGAUCCACAAACAACCCGUGCGAUGGACAAAGGAGAGAGUUGUCUCCUGCGACGGCGGCGGUGGUCCUCUUGGCCAUCCCCGAAUUUUCAUCAACACCGACAAGCCCGAAAUCGCUACAUGCGGAUACUGUGGACUUCCUUUUGCCCACGAGAAAAAUAAAUCAUACCUCAAAUCCCUACCCAGCACGUCAUACCCUCUUGAACCCACUGGACACCCGGCUGAGGUCGAAGAGGCUCAACGAAUUACCGAAGGGGGCUAUGAACAGCGAUAGAUCAUAAAAAUCGCACGUACUUUUAGUUCUCUUUUGUUAAAUAUUCAUCGGCGUUGCUUUUUCUUUUUUUGUUUAUGUCGCUGAUUCAUUGAACUUUUCUAUCUUCAUUAUGUACAUUUAUGCGAAGAAUAGUCAUGGAAUCAUAGACAGUUGUUCCUGGACCACUUGAAUAGUGUGUUCAAGAUGCUAGGAUCUUAUGCAGCUUGUAUUGAUCUGUAGUUACAGUUUCUGUCCCCCUUGAUAUAUGUGCAGUCACGCCUUUUCACCCUGGAUAGUCGCCACAACCUUCCUUGUGUGUUUACUAGCCCUAAACUCCAAAUACCAAAUCCCCUGCCACGUCCCCGUAGCAAGUCUUCCAUUCGUAAUCGGAAUCGUAACACUGGCACCCACCAACGCAGAUUUAAUAUGCGC